AUGUUUUCAUUCAUCAAGUCUUCAGUCAUGUCUAACACAUUCACUCUAACGGGUUACACUAGCAAACUGUCUGCUAUUUUUUAUCCACCAAUCGAGUUGGAGAUAAGUGCGGAAUAUGGUCUGAGGUUGAUUGGCUUUUAUUCAUACAACACCAUAUACAAUAUUGAUGAUCAACAUAAUAAAAUAUCUCUUACUCACGAGGGUGACGAGAGUAAUGUGGUAACCCUUCCUGAAGGUGUUUAUGAAAUCGAAGAUAUCAAUAAAUACAUACAACAUGAAAUAAUAUCAAUGAAUGAUACAUAUAAACAGAGAUAUGAAAACAAUGUUGUUGAAAUGUUCUCUUUGAAAGCCAACACUAAUACUUUGAAGUGUGAACUCCAUUCUGUAUUGGAUAUUGCUCUGUCCAAUUCCAUGGCAACUAUGCUUGGAUUUAAGAACAAAAUUUUUCCCAGAAACAAAAUUUACACAUCGAAUUUACCUGUAAACAUAACUCCCAUCAGGAUAAUAAGAAUCGACUGUGGAUUAAUAUCAGGAGCUUAUUGCAAUGCACACUUGUAUGAGUUUGAUAUAGACGUUGAACCGGGAUUUAAAUUAACAAAGGAGCCUCAGAAUGUAAUAUAUAUGAGCGUUAAACCGCGUGGACGCCAGUUUAUUGAUAACAUCACACUGGAAAUUUUGGAUGACGUCGGGAAUUUGGUCAAUUUCCGUGAUGGAGUUUAUGGAGUUCGGAAUCCAGGGAUAACUUCAACUAUAAAAACGAUGGUGUCACAUGGUAAAAGUGCUAUGCAUACACUUUUAUGUAGUGGUUGGACCUUAAGUGCCGAGAACUCAGCUAUAUGGGAUGUCAAAAGCAAAGUUUUUAGUGGUAGGAUACCCCUAAAACAUAUGAUGGGAUUUGCAGAAGACUACAAAAAAGGGGUUCUAAAUAUAAAACAUGAGCUUCUGUUGGUUAUUGCAAGAUCCUUCAAAAACUGUUAUGUGGGUGAAUGUGAUGCUGAAUUGACUAUAUCCAAGAUUGAAUGGAAGGUUCAACACAUCGUUCCGGAAGAUCGUUACAAAGUCAAGCUUCUGCAAAGGUUGAAUAAACAUGUGAGCUCAAGGAUCAAGGUAGCAUUUCGAUCUUGGGAUCUCUAUGAACUUCCAUCUCUUCGUUCUACAUCAUCGGAUGCUUGGGCAAUUAGAACAACCAGUAAACUAGAGAUACCUCUAUUCGUUAUCAUUGGAUUUCAAGAUUAUACAGUUGAAGAAAAUCAUUUGAUGGAUAUAAUGAAAUUCAUAAAUGCCAACGUUAACUCGAUUCGCUUGAAGUUGAACAACCAAGUAUUCCCAUAUGAAAGGAAAAGUGCCUUCUGCAAUAUCAUUGAUUGCACCUAUAGCAUAUUUAACAUUCAACGAGGGGUCAGUCUGGUAAAACUCAAUAUCAGAGUGUCCCCAAGGUAA